GGGAGAGAGAGCAAGAUAAGAGAGAGAGCAAGGAGAGAGAGAGCAAGAGAGGGGGAGGAGAAAACAUGCAAUAGAAAUUGUCAGGUCCAGAGACAGAGAUCGAGAGAGAGAGAGAGAAAGAGAGGGAGAGAGAGAGCCACAUACAUAUGGUAAGGGAGACAGAAACAGAGAACAAGCGUGUGUGUGUGUGUGUAUGCGUGAGCCAGUGUGUGAGUGUGUGCACAGAGGCGCAUUGACAGCAGCGGAGAAGGAGCAAGGCUAACAAACGGCAGCCGCGAGAGCAAAGGAGCACAGUGACGCCACUGGGGGAGAGAUAACGACUGAGUGGAAGAAAAGAAGAGAGGAUGAAAGAAAGACAUCAGUGAAGACCUGAGGCUCUGAGACCAGAGAGUGUGAGAGAGAGAGAGAGAGAGAGAGAGAGAGAGAGAGAGGAGAGGAAGAUACCCAGAGAGGCAUCACAGGAGCACACAACCUAUUUGGCUGGCUGACUGACAGGCAGAGAGAAAGAGACAGGAGGAGGGAUGGAGAGGAAGCUGCUAGAAACUGCUGCUCGGCUACACCGCAGACGACAGGGUGAGAGGGAGAGAGUUUAAAGGACGAAGGGAACCGACAGAGGAGAAGAAGAGGUGGGCUCCACCACCAGUCUCUGUCCUCCAUCACUGUGACUAAAGGAAGGAGUGACGCAUCCAUCCUUCGACAGCUCAGCCUCCAUCUUACCUUCCCUUCCUCCCUCCACCUCCAUCGUUUGUGUUCUCAGGGUCUCACAGACAGGAAUGAUCACCUUGCCUCCGUCGCUCCUCUCCUCCUCCUUCUCCUCCUCUUCCUCUGUCCCUCUGGCAAAACACCUUCUGUUCUACUCUCAGACGAACUGAGACCAAUGGGCCAUGUUAUCAGCUUCACACGCACAUGGAAGCUUUACCCUGUAACAAGACUAUUGUCACCUCACAGCACAGUGAUAUCCAAAACCAACAACAACAACACACAGCAAGGUGGUAAGAGAACUGGGAGACGAUAUGUUACGACAGGACUAAACAACAACACAGGUAACUCAGCCAAAGAGGACUGUGAGGACGACAGUCACACCAUCUGACUGUCUGAGGCCACUGCUGUCACUCUGAACCGCUGAGGGACAGACAGACAGACAGACCGUGACGAGGACAAGGUCUCCCUAGAGACCUUUAUCAGCUACCCUAGUGGGAGGACUCAGUUUGAAAGUCAAGCAUCCCUUCCUUAGAGGAAUUCAGGAGUGGUUUGUUAAGGAGCUGGGGAUUUCCAUUGCCUCCUAAAAAAAGACCUCUGCCUUAUCAGACUCCAGUCAAGGAAGCCAAAGGACACAAAACCAUAUUUGACUAAGAGGAGAGAGAGAGAGAGAGAGAGAGAGAGAGAGAGAGAGAGAGAGAGAGAGAGAGAGAGAGAGAGAGAGAGAGAGAGAGAGAGAGAGAGAGGGAGAGAGAGAGAGAGAGGAGGUUCCAGAGUUUCUACAGGUUGUUCUCACACACAAGGCCAUUCCACAGCCUCAGAAACAGGAAGGAAGUUCUGGUUUAAGCAGCAACAACCUAGAAACAAGCAAGCCCCGUUUGAGUCAGUUUCCCCUGGCAAGCCACAGGACGCUGUGUGAGACAAUACAGAGUGAACUACUACUGAACAGCCUGUGCUGCUUUAGCUCUCCAUUUUGAGAGAGUAGAACUCUUCACAACCCUGUUGUGAAAGUGUAUCAUAUUAGUAUCUAUAUAUGUACAUAUAAGAUUAUUUAUUGGUGUUAUCACUGAAAACAUAUCUUUGUGCUGAUGUGUUGAGUCCUGUUUGGUGUUCAGCUGUUACUGUGGUUGAAUAUCCAGUACAUAUCUUUAUUGUAUAUCUAAGACUGCACAGACUAGUUUUAAGAGGACUAACUACCAGGCUCGGACUGUUAUCGCUGUCUAUCAGUAGUGUUAUCAGCGGACAGUGUUUCUGUGUGAUAGGGAAGUCUGUUUCACUGCUCCAGGUUUGAGGGCUCUGGCUUUAGUCCUCAGUCCUUCUGUCCCACAUAAAGACUCAGGGUAACAGCACCACAGACGUGGGAGGCCUUCUAAUUGAAACAAUGGACAGAAUCAUACGUCCCCAUGUCCCCUCUAAUGGCUGACUUUGACACCCCCAGUUCACUUCAGAGCCCCACCCCACGCCCAAUCCAAGCCAGGGGCAUUGCCCGCUGAACCACCCACAGCCCCCUCUCUCUAACAAAGACACAGACACACAAAUAAGCUUAAUGUCCAUGUCCUGCCUCAGGCGGCAGCCUGUGACAAUCCCCAUGGAUACCGUCAAGAUCAUCCAGUCGGAAAAGUUCCCCCGGGAAUGCACGGUGCCAGUCACCCAGCCUUGCUUCACCCCUCCCCCGCGGGUGGCAUGGGAUGGAGGGGGAGAGGGAGAGAUCAUUGUGAACCAGGCGUGCAGUGACCUAGCCCUGGAGAUGACCUGCACUGACCUGCCCCCCACCAGACCCAUGGUCUCAUCUCCCCCAGCUCCCAUGGGGCGCAGGGAGAGCUACCUGGCCCAGCGCAAAGCCAGCACCGCAGAGAUCUGCUACCACCAGUUCCACUACAAGAUGGAGGACGUCAUAGUCAACCAGUACGUGCUGCGUUCUUCUUCCACCUCCUCCUCCACCUCCUCUUCCUCCUCAGGGCCCGUGAUGCCUUGUGAGCCCCUGGACUGCCCCACCUGCGGCCACACCUACAACUUUGCAGGCAAGCGUCCACGCAUCCUCUCCUGCCUGCACUCGGUGUGUGAGGAGUGCUUGCAGAUCCUCUACGAGUCCUGCCCCAAGUACAAGUUCAUCUCGUGCCCAACGUGCAGGCGUGAGACGGUGCUGUUCACUGACUAUGGGCUGGCUGCCCUGGCCAUCAACACCAGCAUCCUGAGCCGGCUGCCCUCUGACCCCAAUGGCCCGGUGCAGUGGGGCGGGGAGGCCGACCGGAGCUGCUACCAGACGGUACGCCAGUACUGCCAGUCAGCCUGCACCUGUCAGAUCGCCAACCCCCUGUCCUCCUGUGGCAUCAUGUAGAGACCUAGGCAGGGGCCAAACUGGCACGCCUUCUCUCUUCUCACGUACAUACAACCCGCCUCCUCUCUUCUCACGUACAUACAACCCGCCUCCUCUCUUCUCACAUACAUACAACCCGCCUUCUCUCUUCUCACAUACAUACAACCCGCCUUCUCUCUUCUCAAAUACAUACAACCAGCCUCCUCUCUUCUCACAUACAUACAACCCGCCUCCUCUCUUCUCACAUACAUACAACCCGCCUUCUCUCUUCUCACAUACAUACAACCCGCCUUCUCUCUUCUCAAAUACAUACAACCAGCCUCCUCUCUUCUCACAUACAUACAACCCGCCUCCUCUCUUCUCACAUACAUACAACCCGCCUUCUCUCUUCUCAAAUACAUACAACCCGCCUUCUCUCUUCUCACAUACAUACAACCCGCCUUCUCUCUUCUCAAAUACAUACAACCCGCCUCCUCUCUUCUCAAAUACAUACAACCCGCCUUCUCUCUUCUCACACACAUACAACCCGCCUUCUCUCUUCUCACACACAUACAACCCGCCUUCUCUCUUCUCACACACAUACAACUCGCCUUCUCUCUUCUCACAUACAUACAACCCGCCUUCUCUCUUCUCACACACAUACAACCCGCCUUCUCUCUUCUCACACAUACAACCCGCCUUCUCUCUUCUCACAUACAUACAACCCGCCUUCUCUCUUCUCACACACAUACAACCCGCCUUCUCUCUUCUCACACACAUACAACCCGCCUUCUCUCUUCUCACAUACAUACAACCCGCCUCCUCUCUUCUCACAUACAUACAACCCGCCUCCUCUCUUCUCACACACAUACAACCCGCCUUCUCUCUUCUCACAUACAUACAACCCGCCUUCUCUCUUCUCAAAUACAUACAACCCGCCUUCUCUCUUCUCAAAUACAUACAACCCGCCUUCUCUCUUCUCACAUACAAACAACCCGCCUUCUCUCUUCUCAAAUACAUACAACCCGCCUUCUCUCUUCUCAAAUACAUACAACCCGCCUUCUCUCUUCUCACAUACAUACAACCCGCCUUCUCUCUUCUCAAAUACAUACAACCCGCCUUCUCUCUUCUCA